AUGCGGACUCAUCCGAGAGUGGGGUCAAGGUUUGAUGGAGACUAACUCAGGUGGGGCCGUUAUCGGACCGUCUACGCCCGCUCGGAAUCUUAUCGCGCCCAGUCUUGCUCCUCGUUGUCUUGAGAGACGACGGCGCUUAUCUUCUCGGCUUUCAGAGAGCAUAUCAGAAGCCACCCAGCAAUCUUAGGAGUCGACGUCGUGGGGGCCUGUUGAUAAACGCAACUAAUGAACCGAUUCGCCUCGUCUGUUCGUUGCACAAUGUAAGCAGGAGACACUCCACGAUAAUAACAUGUGACCAAAAUGAUUGGACAGAGCGAUCGUGAGCAGCCAGAUCCCAGAGAAUGAGAUCCGUUGUCUUCCAAUUUCGUUCUACCUUUCAUGAGAAUCAGUUCCGGUCGACUGAGAACACAUGCUUAUGGUACAUAUAUCAAUAGGGAGACUAGGUCCCAUCCAUUAUUCCAAUCGCCUUCGUUCAGCCAAAAGACCUCAAACAUGACAUCAGCCACGACGUCUCAUGGGAAGUGGACCGUAAACGCUCAACAGCUGGUCACUUCGAGUGCGGAUAUUGAGCACCGAGCCUGGAGUGUCGGGCAGCAAGAGCCUCAAACAGAGACCUUCGAUCUGGACUCUGGUUCUCAGGCGAAAGGCGAGUCACUGGGACUGCAAAAGAAAGGCAAUACCAUUUGGAGGGAAGCUGGGACCUUUGGCAUGAGCCUCAGUGGCUUUGCCUUGGAGGACGAUAUUGAACAAGGCGCUCGUAAAGCAUGGGCUCUGGUCAGAAUACCGCCGGUGGAUCCCGAUAAUCUCGCAGAGGAAGGCACGAUCGACACAGCCCAGCUUACUUUGUUUUUUGGGACCCCGAAGGAUGGCGGAAGAUUUCUUCAAGAUAGCAAUGCAAGAAUCUCUUCACGUUCGCUAUACUCCAUCUCCCUAGGGAAUCGAAACGGUGAGGAUCCAGAAUUGAUCAAGUUCAAUCUGGGCAUUCAAUCGUCUCUCAUGAAGGACGGACAGCAGACUGUCGCUGCCGAGUAUUACCCCGGUCUACACAUGUUCCAGCUGGCAAGUGCGAGCGCCUCAGAUGGUCUGAGCCACAUUAGGGCCGUCUACGUUCGUCCCAGAUUGGGGUCUGGAGCGGACAAUCGAAUCCGAGUCCUGCAGUACGCAGAGGAUGGGAGCACUACAGGAAGCUGGCUCAAUGUGGGCCAGAUUCACAGGAACAAUCCCACUCAGCCAGUCGACACAGAAACGGAAGCUGAUACACAGCCCGAGGCCACGUCCCGAGUGUUCGUUGAUUUCAAGCUGGAGUAUUCGGUAUCCCCGCCAGAAGACCGAAGCAAAGAUGAGGAUUCCCCAGGUCCUUACAAUACCCAUGGAGGGAAUCUUUCUGACCUGCUCGAAAGCCUCUCUAUCAUCACAGCGCACUAGGAAAGCAAGCAGGUAGUUGGAGAUGCCGCGCAUGAGUACACUGGCAACGUAGACACGAAUCACAUAUCCCUAGCCAGAAACUCAUACGUGACUUUGAUCUCUACAGGAUCUACAUUAGCAAUCUCCAACUUCAAAGGAAUAUGGCACGAGGUGACUGUCACGAACACGCACUAUUGAGUAUGCGGCUUAACGUCCUUUCCGACAAGGCUUAAGACCAUGCUACCCUUGAUGCUGUCGGGUCUUAAACGAAACCUGGCCACUAAAGUAUUUCAGACGAAGUUGUGGCACUUGAGAGUCGUCAGUAUAUAUGUAGUUUCCGACUUCGAAC